AUGUCGUCUAACAACACCUCGGCCAGUGUCUCCAUCGAUAAGUUCGAUGGGGACAACUACUCAACCUGGUGUCGCUACAUGCGCGGUGUGUUUCUGACGAAGUCAGUCUGGUACGUCGUGAACCGCGAAACGUCUCCAACCUUCACCGACACGCGAGCUUCCGACGAGUACGUCAAGGCGAGCAACAUCGCGUUCGGGUUGAUGUUGCUCCACAUGGACGCCGACUACCACCAUGUGGUCGACAACUGUGAAGAAGCAUGGACAGCGUGGUCACGGUUGAAGAUGCUCUAUGGUGGGUCGCAGAAGGCGGGACGCAUCUACCUCAAGCGCCAGCUGUUCAGCAUCAAGAUGGCGGAAGGUGCCAACGUCUUGCACCAUUGCAACGAAGUCUUGAACAUCGGCGCCAAGCUCAGCAGCAUCGGUGCCAAGAUGGAAGACGAAGACAUUGCGAUCUGCUUGCUGCUCAGUCUCCCGAAGAGUUUCGAGAACGUGGUUCUGAACUUGGAGAUGAGCAAUGCAGAGCUGCGCACGCAAGAUGUGGUCAAGGUGCUGACUAACGAGCACAUCAAGCGACAAGGCGAGAAGAUGACAACGGCAACGACAACGGUGAAGACUGAAGAUGCGACAAAGGCAUUCAGUACCGAGCGCAAGCCCUACCAAUGCACAUACUGCGGCAAGGUGGGGCACACGGCAGAGCGUUGCUGGACGAAGCAAAAGGAUGAAAGUCGAGGAGCCCAACGCGGCGGCAAUGGUCGUGGACGCGGGGCAAACAAUGUCCAGUGGCGACAUUAUGAUGAAGGCAACAGCUACGAUCGAGUGGCGUUUGCAGUUUCGUUCGAAUGCGGAGUUUCGACGAACAAGAAUGGACCAGGAAUGUGGGCCGUUGACAGCGGGGCAACACAUCACAUCUGCCACGACAAGUUCAAGUUUGCAAGCUUGGUCGAAGGCAAUGAUGGCGAUAUCCUGGUGGCUGAUGGCAACAAGGCGACCAUCAAAGGUGUGGGGACCAUCGUGGAAAAGGUGAUUCUGCCAAACGGGGAAGAGCGCGAGAUCGAGAUCAAGAACGCGCUCUAUGUGCCCAGCAUGAGCAAAAAUCUGCUCUCGGUGCCGCAGAUUAACAAGCACGGCAACUUCCAAGUGGUGUUUGACGGGGAUACGAUGUACGUCGCUCGCAAGGAUUCCAAUCAAGUGGUGGCAGCUGCGGAUCUUGUAGACGGACUCUACUGGCUUCGCACGACGCAGCGAUCGGCCAAUGCGACAUUUAACAGUCAGCGGCUGUGCAGAAGACACUCUUCAUGCUGCGUCAAUUGUUGA